CCUUUUCCUCUCUCUUCCCGCCCGGCCGCUCUCGGGCGCGUGCGCGCCGUCUCCUAGCGACGGAGCCGCAAACACAGCUCUCCGCACCGGGAGAGGGGCGGGGCGGGGCGGGGUGGGGGUGUUCUGUGUCUCCGGCGAUCUGCCUGUCCCGAGGCGGCCCGAAAGGAGUCGGGGGACCCAGAGGGACCGUAGUCCCAGCCGUCGGGGCCGGGCGCUGAAUCGGCAGGAAGCGGUGGGAAGGUGGGAUACCUGCCCGUGGGUCCUGAGGAGUCCCACCUGUCCCGGAGGGGUGAGGAAAGGGGACGGAGUGAGGGCACGCCGCCGUCGCCCCUCUGUGUGAGGGGGGCCGGGCGACCCUCGGAACGUGCGUUUUGAGUCUUACACGGUUUUUUAACAAGUGAUUUCUGUGAACAUCCAUAGAAAAGGGAUUUGAAAGCUACAUUCUAGAGAAAUUUGUGUAGUUUUUGCUACACUGAGAAAUGCUGAAAUUUCAAGAAACUGCUAAGCACGUCGCUGUUGCCAGAUUUAAUUCUGCUUGCCAAGAUGCAGUGAUUGCAAGAAGAUACACUAUUCAGAGGAAACUUGGCAAUGGGAGCUUUGGAAGUGUGUAUUUGGUUUCUGACAGAAAAGCAAAACAAGGAGAAGAAUUAAAGGUCCUAAAGGAAAUCUCUGUUGGAGACCUAAAGCCUAAUGAAACAGUUGAAGCAAAUCUGGAAGCACAACUACUCUCCAAAUUAGACCAUCCAGCCAUUGUCAAAUUUUAUGCAAGCUUUGUGGAGCGAGAUAGUUUCUGCAUCAUCACUGAAUAUUGUGAGGGUGGAGAUCUAGACUUUAAAAUUCAAGAGUACAAAGAUUCUGGGAAGAUAUUCAGUCGAAGUCAAGUAGUAGAGUGGUUUAUACAGCUGUUACUCGGAGUCAACUAUAUGCAUGAAAGACGGAUACUUCACAGAGAUUUGAAAGCGAAGAAUAUAUUUUUGAAAGAUAAUCUUCUUAAAAUUGGAGACUUUGGAGUUUCUUGUCUUUUGAUGGGUUCAUGUGAUCUGGCAACCACAUUUACUGGGACACCAUACUACAUGAGUCCAGAGGUACUGAAGCACCAGGGAUAUAACACAAAAUCUGAUAUUUGGUCUCUGGGAUGCAUUUUGUAUGAGAUGUGCUGUAUGAACCAUGCAUUUACUGGACAGAAUUUUUUGUCUGUUGUGAUAAAAAUUGUGGAAGGUGAUACACCUUCUCUUCCUGAUAGAUAUCCAAGCAAACUUAAUGCUCUGCUAAGCAGCAUGUUAAAUAAGAAUCCUUCAUUGAGACCAGCAGCAGCUGAGAUCCUAAAAACUCCUUAUAUUGAUGAACAAUUAAAGAAAAUACAGUACAAGUUCACAAACAUGACUGUGAAAGACAAGGCAUUUAACUGGCAGAAAGAAACUGCUCCCAUUUUUGAUGCUGUGCAGAAGAAAGUUCAUUUGCAAACUCUGCAGGAACUGUCUGAAGUACAGAAAAUGACACCACGGGAACGAAUGCGGCUGAGAAAGUUAAAUGCUGCAGAUGAGAAAGCAAAGAAGUUGAAACAGCUGGCAGAAGAAAAAUAUCAAGAAAAUGUCAAAAGAAUGCAAGAUUUCAGAUCCCAUAAUAUUCAGCAGCUGAAUGUCAAUGUCCUACAUGAAUCUGAUGAGCAGACUUCAAAACACCUCAUUCAUUCUCAGCCAGUCAUUACAUGCGACUACAUGUCCAUAGGACAUGAUGAACCAAGUGGAAAUGAGACAAGUGAACUCUGCAUGUCUGAACUUACAGACCACGAGAUCCCUGAAGACCCAGAAAUUGCAGAAGAAUAUUACAAAGAUGAGUUUGAUUCCUGUUCAGAAGACAGUGAGGAGGAAGAAGAUGCAGAAACAUCACAGACUGUCUCUAAGACCAAUCACCAGAACAGUGAUAUCGAGACAAUGGUUAAGUAUUUGGAGAGUGUCCUGAAUAAUAGCUCAUUGGAUCUGCCAUUGGGAAGCUGGGAAUGGACGUGUUUGAGGCUGUGUACAGCUAUCUCAGGCAAGCGAGACAGCAGAAUGCCAGUGAGGAGGAGAUCAGGAGAUAUUUGGAGAAACUGGUUUCUAGAGCAAGCGAUUGCUUUGAAGUGGAUCAGCUUCUGUACUUUGAGGAACAGCUACAGGCUUCAGAACCUCAUCUUCAGCUGUAACAGGUGUGUCAGUAGCAGCGCUGGAAAUGGUAAGAAGGGGGGAAGGUGCUUAGGGGCCCUCUUCAGGCCUGCAGGCAAGUACAGGUAUUUGAAGGAAACUGCUGAAGGUUAAUGUAGUACAUAGGCAUGUGGAGAGGCUCCAUUUGAGAAUACAGACUGCAGUGAGAAGUGGUUAAUAUGGCACAGAUUACAGGGGCAGGAAGAACAAUUGUUUGUGACUGUGGAGGAGAGCGUUCACUGUUACCUAAGUCCUCUUUUUCCACCACUUAAAGGUGGGCCGUAGCCAGGCACCAGUCCUGCACUCAGAGCAUCACUGGCAAAGCUGCCUGUGAUAGAAUGAUGCAGGAUUAGACUCCAGCUGCUGUUGAUUUCUGUGCUAACUGGUUCUUGUGACAUUUAAACCUGUAGUUUUUGUACUUCGGCAGAUUUACCCUUAAACGUACAUGUAUCUGUAUGACCACUCAGCCCCUAAUUGCCUUGUUGUUAUUGAUUGUUCAAAAGGGCUGCAUUUAAUCUUUGUGGCUUUCAAAGGAACUGUGGAAAUACACAUAUUCUCACAUACACUGAGAUAGGUGUGUAUACUCAUAAUGGCAGAAAGAUGUCUGGUCAUACUCUGUAAACUGUCUGUAAAAAGGCAGACGUGUGGCCUGAGCUAUAGCUGACUUUGUUAGAUAAGAAUUCUCACUGUGACUUCUGAGACCGUUGGAUCAAAUUCAUUCUACACAGAUGGAACAAUAAAUUGAUUUUUUUCUUGCACAU